AUGCAUAUGGACGCCAAAUCAAGUGCAAUUCUCUCUUCAUACCAGUCAUCUCUCGCUAAAGAUGACUCAGAUAUAAGUGACACUGAUUCUCUUCUUGAAUUACUUAAUGAUGACACUGAUCCUGUAUUUUCAGCAUACCGUGAGCAACGUACUCAACAAUUGGCCCAAGAGUUAAAGCAGUCACAAAUCCGAGCCUCCGAUGCAGCAAGAGUAGAGACUCUAACCUCCGAAUCAGAGCUAUUUGAUAUGGCUAUUUCGAUGGAUUCAUCUUCUCUUGAUUCAUCAUCAUCUAUAGCUUCUACUAAUACCAACACACCUAAAUUAAGACAAGAUAGCUAUCGAUCUAUAAUCAUUCACUUCUUUCAUCCAGAUUUUCGCACGUGCAAACUUUUAGAUGAUGCUUUAACUAAACUUGCAGCUACACAUUUUAAUACUACUAAAAUUGUGCGGAUUAACGCUGUCACAAAUGCACCCUUUUUAACAUCUAAAUUUGGGUUGCGAGUACUUCCAGCUGUACUUGGCUUUAAGGAUGGAAAAAUGGUAGCCAAAUUCAGCGGCCUUGAUAGAUUUAUUGAUCCUAAAACAAUGGCAAAGUUGGCUGUUAAAGCCGAUGUAAAUAAUCAAAGUGCAAGCUCGCCUGGUAAACCAACAAGUCCAAUGGACAAUAUUAAAGAAUUAAAUGUCGACUGGAUUGAAAAUGAGCUCAUAAAAGUUGGUCUUCUUUUCCGAAAUACCGGAAAUUCCAUCAAAAAUGAUUACAGCGAUGAUGAACAAGAAUAUAAUAAAAAGAGAAGCAUUAGAGGAAGUACUAAGAGUUCAUGGACAAGGUCUGUUAAAACCCAUGAGCAUGAUGAAAGCGAUGAUGAUGAUGGCUUGGAUCUCUGA